AUGCGGGCCAUGGGAGAUGGAGGGCCCGUUGUGGUUAUGGUGACAGCAUGGAAGGGAGACAUGUCAUGGGAGGGAGACAUGGCAUGGGAGGGAGGCAUGGCAUGGGAGGGAGACAUGGCAUGGGAGGGAGACAUGGCAUGGGAGGGAGACAUGGCAUGGGAGGGAGACAUGGCAUGGGAGGGAGACAUGGCAUGGGAGGGAGACAUGGCAUGGGAGGGAGGAAUGGGUUGCUUGGCGAUGAAUGACGAUGCUGCACUGCCCGAUGCUGCACUGCCCGAUGCUGCACUGCCCGAUGCUGCACUGCCCGAUGCUGCACUGCCCGAUGCUGCACUGCCCGAUGCUGCACUGCCCAAUGCUGCACUGCCCGAUGCUGCACUGCCCAAUGCUGCACUGCCCGAUGCUGCACUGCCCCAUGCUGCACUGCCCGAUGCUGCACUGCCCAAUGCUGCUCUGCCCCAUGCUGCACUGCCCAAUGCUGCACUGCCCGAUGCUGCACUGCCCAAUGCUGCACUGCCCGAUGCUGCACUGCCCAAUGCUGCACUGCCCGAUGCUGCACUGCCCAAUGCUGCACUGCCCGAUGCUGCACUGCCCAAUGCUGCUCUGCCCCAUGCUGCACUGCCCAAUGCUGCACUGCCCGAUGCUGCACUGCCCAAUGCUGCACUGCCCGAUGCUGCACUGCCCAAUGCUGCACUGCCCGAUGCUGCACUGCCCAAUGCUGCACUGCCCGAUGCUGCACUGCCCAAUGCUGCUCUGCCCCAUGCUGCACUGCCCAAUGCUGCACUGCCCGAUGCUGCACUGCCCAAUGCUGCACUGCCCGAUGCUGCACUGCCCAAUGCUGCACUGCCCAAUGCUGCUCUGCCCAAUGCUGCACUGCCCAAUGCUGCUCUGCCCAAUGCUGCACAGCCCAAUGCUGCUCUGCCCAAUGCUGCUCUGCCCAAUGCUGCUCUGCCCAAUGCUGCGCUGCUGAAUGCUGUGCUACCCAGAAUCGUGUUGCUCAACGCUAGACUGCCCAGUGGUGCAUGGCCCAUGCUGCGAUUCCAAUGCUGUGUUGCCCACUUUCGUGUUGCUCAAUGCAGCAUUGCAAUCAAAGAUGGAUUGACUAAUGCCGCGCUGAAUAUUGCUUCGUUGCACAACACGAGAGAGGUGAGCAUGCUGAAGGAUGCUGGGAUGGAGCCCUCUAUGGCGUUCUUCCACAUACUUCUGAGCAAGUUGCAGCACAGCACACGGAAAGUGGGGAUCAAACAAGCAGAUGACAGUGAGAAUGGCCGAGGCGAAGGAUGUGGAUGCGCACAUGGGAUGACAGCACAGCACAGAGGGUGUGGGAUGGGGCAAUUAGUGGGGACGGAGUACAGAGGGCAGAGGCAGGGAGGAAUACCGCUGGUGAGGAGCCUGAAAGGGUCGCAGAGUAAGUCGUAG